GAGCCCUCACAUCCACCGUGGCUCCCUGGAUGCUGUGCUCAGUUACCUGAUGUCGGGCCGCUUUUUCUCUGGCGGCGACGCCACAUUUGCCUUCGGCGUGCGCAAGCUAGCAGACCAGUUCUGUUUAAAGGACCUGGUGGACAAAGUUGAAGCUGAGCUGGUCACGAUGUUGUCGAAGCAGCGAGUCCUGGCUUUUUUGGGCCAGGUCUUCGGAAGCGGGGGUCGGCUCGAGGCGGCUUGCUUAGAGAUGGUGAAGGCCAACGACUGUGCAGUCCUCCGGCGACAGAAAGAGAAGCUGGGCCAG